AUGAAUUCGAGAGUAUUGGAUGAAUUUAAUGUCCCAGACAAUGUUUCUGGGAAUUUUAAGGCUAAGUGUAAACAUUGCGAAUCGUACAUUUCUGGCAGUACCAAGGCUACUUCUAACUUUCUUACACAUGUAAAGAGGAAACACAGAGAUGCAUACCUCCGUGUUAUUGAAGUUAAGAAGGAAGACCAAGGGCAGUCAAAGAUAAUUACAUUUACCAGAGGGACUUCAAAGUAUUCAUCAAAUGAUCCAAAUCAACAACAAAUUACAGAUGCCCUUCUGCAUUUCAUUGCUGGUGAUUUACUACCCCUUUCGAUUGUUGACAGCAAAUAUUUUCAAAAUUUAAUGGAAAAAGUUAACCCGAAAUACCAGCUCCCUAGUAGAAAGCAUUUAUCAACAACACUUAUUCAGGAGAAGUCAACCGAAAUCAGAAAUGAACUGAAAGAGAAUAUGGCAAGGGCUGUCUCAUUGUGUUUAACAGUUGACAUCUGGUCAAACCGUCAAAUGCGUGGAUUUCUUGGAAUCACUGGUCAUUAUAUACAUGAAUGGCAGAUGAAAUCAGUCAUGAUUUGUUGUAAGCGUUUUAAAGGUAAACACAGUGCAGAGAACAUCCGACAUGAAUAUGAAGAAACUGUUUCAUCAUAUGAUAUUUAUGACAAAAUUAAUAAUAUAAUCAGUGAUAAUGCUGCAAAUAUGGUGAAGGCCUUUGAUUUUGCAUUACCUGGUUUCCAAGAAGAGCACAAAAGCAUUACUGAAGAAGAGAGUGAAAGUGAUGAUGAGGAUAACUGUGAUGUUGAUAAUGACAUGUCUGAGUUAUGUGAAGAAAUUUUCCCAAAGCACUCUCGUUGUUAUGCACACACUCUCCAACUAGUUGUAAAAGAUGGACUUGGUGAUUGUUCCCCAAGUCUCAAGAGCAUAAUUGCUAAGGCUUCCAACAUUGUGUCUUUCGUGCGAAAAUCUGUAGUAGCUAGUGAAAUGUUGGAAGAUGAACAACGUUUACAGGCAGCAAAUAUAACCAGUUGGAAUUCCCAACUUCACAUGCUUAGGUCCAUUUUAAAAGUUCCAGAGAGCAAAUUGAACAGCCUUGACACAAAAUACAAGCUCUCAACCUAUGAGAGAAAACUACUGCAAGAGCUCUGCCAGAUCUUAGACCCAUUUGAGCAUGCCACUCUGCUUGUUCAACAGGAGAUAAAUGUAAGUGCAAGCUUGACCAUCCCAAUUACACUUGGUAUAAAGCAUCAACUACGCCAAAUCUCUGCUAUACAUAGCAAUAAAAUGAUUCAAACUCUUGUCCACUCUGUGGAAUCCAGGCUCUCUCCCUUUGAGGAAAAUGAAACUUUCAUUCUCGCAGCUGUUCUAGAUCCCAGAUUUAAAAUAAGGUGGUGUAAAUCGGGGAAGGUAGAAGAAAUUGUAGCCCUUUUAAAAGAGAGAACAAACAAUGUGCAAACUCAAGACAUUGAUGAUUUAACAUCCCCUGAAAGUCCUCCUACAAAAAAGGGGAAAACUGAUUUUUUCAGUUUUUUACCCCCCUCAACACCAAAGAGGAAAAGACAUGUAUCUGGGCCAACAACUGAGAUGGAUAUCUACCUAGGGGAAGACUGCACAGAGAUGUCUGAAAGUCCACUGACUUACUGGUCUCAAAAUCAUUCAAGGUUUCCUUGUCUAUCUAAACUAGCCCAGCGGUAUUUAGCUGUUCCAGCGACUUCAGCGCCUGUAGAAAGACUUUUCAGUGUGGCUGGCAAAAUUUUCAGACCAGAACGAUGUCGUCUUAGUGACUCAAUUAAGACUGGUGGAAAAGAAAGGACAUUUGUUGACUCAGUGAUUGAGGACCAUAUCAUCAUCAGAGAGAAGAAGAAAUAG